AUGUUUAAAUUUGGAAAGGAGAAAUUCACAAAAAAAUCAUUACCUAAGAAUUUUGCAGAUCAAAUUCUUAAUCUUGAAAUGGAAAUAGAAUUAAAUGAUCAAAUUUAAAUUGAACUUAUUUAAGAUUUGAUUUCAUUAUAUAUGGUAAAAUCAUUUUAUAUAAUUCCAUAUAGGAAGGAGUAGAAUAUUAUGAAUCCAUUAAAGAUAGAAGACAUCUAUACUUUUAAAGAAAAUUAAAUGCUUUAAUGUUAAAACCUUCCUUUAUUAAUGCAACUACUAAAUAUGAAGAAUCUCAUAAACCAAAAGAUGAUAAUCAAAUUAAAAGAGCAAAAUUUCAAGAAUAAACUAAAAGAAUUGAAUUAGAUCUCAUUUACAGUUAAACUGAAUCAAAAGAGGUAUUAUAUCCUUUUUUUGAUUGAGGCUUAAGUUAAAGGAAUUGUUGACAAUCACACAAAUUAAGUCAUCAAAAUAGAAACUAUCAUUAAAAAUGAAAUUGCCAAUUAAUCAGAUGCAUUUCAAAUGCGUCUAGAACGACGUCGUAGAUCUAAAUUGACACAUUCUCUUAGUCAACCUGAAAUUGAUCUACAAUCUCAAAAAUCUGGUAAUAGCAAUAAAAAAAAAUAAAUUGAAUUACAUGAAUAAGUAGGUAUUAAUUUAAUAAUUUCUAUUUUAGUUUAAAUCAAAUAAAUAAUACAUGAAGAAGAUGAAAUAGCAGCAAAUAGAAAAGAUUCCACAUUAUAAAAGACUUAAGAAAAAAAAUGGGAAAUUAUCCAUUCUUCAUCUAUAAUGCAAGAGAAUAAGUAAAUAUCUAUUUAUUAAACUUAAGAAAACGAACUAAUAGUUUGAUUUAAAGAAGAAGAUCUGUAUUUCUGACUUCUAAACAAAUUACAUCAAUUAAAAGAUCUUGGAGUUGUGGAGCUACUAAACAUUUAGAAGAAGAACCUCCAAAAAAUAAUUGA